AUGACACUAAAGCUUUCGAAAAGAAAAUUAAUUACACUGGAAUUUGAAUUGAAUAAGAGGAGAGGAACUCCUCAGAGGAGACAGAGGGUGUUUUCUGAAGCGUGCAACACCAACAGCGUAGCUGGUUCAGAAGGCCCAGGAUGUUUACGUUGGAAACCCUACAAAGCGGUAGUUUAUCCAAGUUCCAGUAUAUCUCUGAGUGAAGAAGAAAGAAGCAAUCAAGCUCCUCUCAAUAACCUAAUGACAGUAAAAGAGCUCACAACAAAAUAUCCGAGUAUUCCCUGGAAAGAAUACUUCAACACAUCGCUCAAUUCGGUGCUUGUAAUUGGUGACGAUGAAAUUAUAAAAAUCGACCAAUUCUAUUUAUUUGAUAAACGCGAAUCUAACGUGAAAGGGUUGAAUGACGAGUUCAACAAAGCCAGGUAUAAGUUUAUGAUUGGCGUGGCUGUUAAUUUUGGUGCAAAUAAAGCUAGGGCUAAAAAAGAAUUGAGGGAAAUUCUCGAAUUCGAAAUGCAGCUGAACAGUAUCGCCCUGACUGAUAAAGAAAGAAACAAUCAAACAGCUCUCAAUAACCUAAUGACAGUGAAAGAGCUCACAAAAAAAUAUCCGAGUAUUCCUUGGAAAGAAUACUUUAACAAAAUGCUUAAUUCGGUGCUCUUGAUUAAAAAAACUCCAAAAAGAGUGGUGGCCAAUUACCUCUGUUGGAAAGCAGUUGAAGACAGUUUAGCUUUCUUACCAGAGAAGCUUCUAAACCUUCAAAUAGACUUUUCAAAUGCUGACUCCGAUACAACUGAAAGUGAAGGGAAAUGGAGAGAAUGUCUCGGGAUGACGAAUAAUAAUGUAUUAAUGGCGAGUGUUGGUGCUUUAUAUGUCAGGAAAUAUUUUACACCAGAAUCUAAGAAAAGUGCAGAAGAGAUAGCAGUAGAUAUUAAACAGCAAUUGAAGAAAGAUCUAAAGAAGGUCGACUGGAUGGACGAAAAAACAAGGGCGGGCGCUUUGGAUAAACUUGAAUCUCUCAAAAUGUUCAUCGGACAUCCUGAUGAAAUUCUCGAUGAUAAGAUUGUUGACGAAUACUACAAGACUUUAGAAAUAACCCCCCAUGAUUACAUUCAAGCACAAUUAAACUUGACCAUUUUCAUGAAAAAUCGUGCAUUCAGUCAACUAAGGAAGCGUGCAGACAAAUCAGAUUGGCCAUGGCUAAUCCACAGUUACACUACUAGAACAUACUCUUAUUAUGAUGAAAAUCUAAACACUAUUGAAAACCCUGCUGGACUUCUGCAAGGCAUUUUCUUUAAUAAAAAUAGACCACAGUACCUGAACUAUGCCGCAUUCGGUUCAUUUCUUUUUGGAAAAGAAAUAACCAAAGCUUUCGAUAAUGAUGGUAGACAAUUUAAUAAAAAUGGAUACCACAAGGAUUGGUGGACACCGGAAACGAAUACCAAAUUCCGUCAGAAAUCUGUUUGCAUUAUUCAGCAGUACGGAAAUUAUAGACUAAAAGAUAGCGGCGUAAAAAUCAAUGGUAACCAAACGAAAGAUAUAAACAUUGCAGACAACGAAGGCGUAAAAAUUUCUUACCUAGCCUAUCAAGAUCGGGUGAAACGUCACGGCACUGAACCAAAAUUGCCUGGAUUAAAAUAUUCCCAAUCACAACUUUUCUGGAUUCAAGCAGCUAUCACACAAUGUGCCAAAGACAGCCCAGCAGAUGUGAAAAACUCCACAUCGGACAAUGCACCUGUCAACCCAAUGAAUUUUCCAUUAGAAUUCCGAGUAACAGGUGCAUUUUCUAACAGGCCAGAAUUUGCAAGCGACUUUAAUUGUCCAGUUGGUUCAAAAAUGAAUCCAGCUAAGAAGUGUUCUGUGUGGUAAAACUAAAAAAAAAACUGUAAAAUGUGAAAACCGUGUUGUCAAAAUUUAGUCUACUGUACUAUACAAGGGUCUUACUGUGAUUUUCCUUGCGAACUACAAAUUAACAAUAUUGUAGGUGAAUACUAGUAAAUUUUUUU